CAUUUUGUGGCGAAGGAGAAGGGAGAAGGAAGGAGGAGGAGAAGGAGGAAGAGAAAGAGGCUGUGGAAAGGGCAGCCGGUCCUGGGCUCCGGAGCUCGUCUGUGGCCGGCGGGGGCCGGUACCUUGCCGCCAUCGCCGCCGCCUCGCAGAGCCUGCAGUCGCUGGGACUUUUCCUGGAGCCCGUGUGUUGAGGAGACUCCGAUGUUGGGCUCGGCUUCGUGGCUGAACACAGCGGAUCAGCCCAUGAAAACUUCCACUCUUAGACAAAGGAAGAGAUCUGGCGGAAAGCAGCAUCUAUUAUCCCAGGCGAGGCAGCAGGGAAGAGGACAGGUGGUGGAGAUUUUGCAGUCAGAAAAGCAGACUGAAAGGUGACAUUGAAGCUGAGCAUGGGUGGCGGAGAAAGGUUCAACAUUCCACUUCCCCAACCUAGAAAUGUCACGAAGAACCAACAGCAGCUUAACAACAGGCAAAAGAAUAAGGAUCAGAAUUCCCAGAUGAAGCUAGCGCACCUGAAGAAAGAAAGAGGACAGAGCCACAACUCGUCAGCUGCUGGAUGGCAGGUCGGGCAGAAAGGGGGAAAGAACAGCGGUCAGCUCCCAAAGAAUCAGAACCGGAACCCCAACUCGUCACGCGCCAACUCCCUUUUUACACCUCAGACCAAUCAGAAUUACGCCGGAGCCAAAUUUAGUGAGCCACCUUCACCGAGCGUACUUCCCAAGCCACCGAGCCACUGGGUUCCCGUUUCCCUUACCCCUUCCGAUAAAGAGACCAUGACCUUCCAGCUAAAGACCUUGCUUAAAGUGCAGGUCUGACGGGCCCGAGAGCACGCCGAAGCGUCGGGGGUUCAGAUCACGGGGUUUCACGUUUGACCGUAGAUCCGUCUCCAAGCUCCAAAACGUAGAAAUGGCACGAUUAGGGACUCACCUCAACUAGCUGCAAAGAACAGUUAAUUGCACGGCGGGGUGGGGGGUUGCGGGGGGGAUGUUCCCCAUGGAGAAUUGGGAGCGCUGGUUGAAUUCUGCAGCGGUAAACAGCUUUGUUCUCCUUUAGAGUGCUGUCUUUAAGCGGAACAGCUCUGAAGUCUGCACUCUGAUUUAAAGUGAAGGGUGGUCGGGGUGGGGAGGGAAGGAAAUAAAUCCCCAACUUUUACACCAGUGCUAUUGAGUUUAAUGGGUAAUAACCGGCAGGUUUGGAACACAAAGACCGCUUGCAUUUAGCCACUUAAAGAGACGAAGCCGUAUUGGAAAAGCAAGGGUAGGAUUUUGGUACCAACCGAAUUGGAGAAAUUUACGCGUCGUGGUUUAAUAGAAUGGGAAAUUAGGUGUGGUGACAGUGACUUUUCCCCGGUUCAGUGCAUGCCAGCUGCCUUCAACAAAAAAAGCCCUGAUGACCUCCCUUUUCUCCUAGGGUACUUGGUGUGCACUGAACAGUUCUUGUUUUUAACGUCCUUUGAAUUGAUUUAAAGCACUGAGGAAGCUUGGAGAUGGAUCUGGCCUCAAAUUCGGAUACCCUGGAAAAAGGUUAAAUUAGGGUAGCACGGGUGGCCAGUGUAAAGUUGAAAUAGGGAAGAAAGAGCCAUGUAAAUAAGUGUAAAAACUUGUAGCAUAUGUAAAUUUAUGCUGGGCUUUCCUGCAGAAAUAAAAUAUUUUUUAGUACCAAACUGCUGAAUGUAAGACCAUGCUGUAGACAUGGACUGGCUUAAGAGUCAAAAUAUUUUGUUUAAAAGAAAACCUUUAAGCACAUGUUUGUCUACACCCUUGCACUGAAGUACCAGUGAAUGUGCACAUGCCGUGUUUGUUAUGUUGUAACUGGGUUUUAAGUCUGGUGCAAGAGGCUUUCAUUUAGAAGUUUUUUUUUUAUAAAAACAAAAAAAACAAAAACAACAACAACAAAAAACCCUUAAAAGGCUGCCAAGGCUCAAACGUUCUCUUUUGAAUGUAUAAAGGAAUGUCUGACUUGAGAAACGAUUAACGUGCUUCAGGGUUUUUGUUUUUUUUAAAAUUUUGAAUCCAAGGAUCAAGCAGUAAAGAAGAAUCGACUGGAGUCGUGUGUUGAAUGACAAUCUUCUGAGACCUAAAACGACAUUCCUUUUGUUUACGAGGGACAUUGAAAGUCAUGGCACGGGCUCUGUACGAAUGUGUGCCUCUUGCCUACUUGGAAAGUCUGAAUACCUUUGUCAGAACAAUUCCCAGUUGUGCAUUUAUUUUGUCCUGGACAAAAAAAAAACAGUUGCCCCCAGGAUAAUUCCUUCAACAUACUGGGCGGAUUUUGAAGCGGAUUUAAAAACUCGAUCAGUAAUCCAUUCGGGUACCAACUUCAUUCAAAAUGAGUUUCCAGAAUUGUAGAAAUGUUAAGUUCUGACUCCUUGCCUGUAUGCUAAGCGUGCCAGGUAUUGAGCCCAGUGACUCGAGAUUGUCAUUCUCAGUCACAUCAGCCCAAAAUUAGGUCCAAAGGAAAAAUAAAAACAGUAAGUUCACAUCAGCCCAGAAUUAGGUCCAAAGGAAAAAUAAAAGCAGUAAGUUCACAUCAGCCCAGAAUUAGGUCCAAAGGAAAAAUAAAAGCAGUAAAUUCCCACUAGACUGUAAGCUCCUUGUGGGCAGAGAACAAAUGUACCAACUACUGUAUUGUACUCUGCUUCACGCUUAGUACAGUGCUUCUAGACUGUAAGCCCGUUGUUGGGUAGGGACCGUCUCUAUAUGUUGCCAACUUGGACUUCCCAAGCACUUAGGAUGGUGCUAAGCGCUCAAUAAAUACGAUUGAAUGCUCUGCACAUAGUAAGUGCCCAAUAAAUUCCGGUGAUUGAUUAGUUCUUGGUUCAAGAUAAACUUUGGUGGUACUUAGUUGUACAUCGCUAUACCUUCAAAAAUAUCACAGCUGUCAAUGUUUACAAAUGUGCUUUUCCAAAUAAAGCAGCAAUUGGCUAGUUACCUCACCAAAGGGGGGGGGGGGAAAAAAAUCCCCUCAAGACCAAAUGAGUUAUGUCCAAAUAUAAUUCUGGUGUCCAAAAAAACUUCAAGCAUUUAACUAUGCGAUGUAUUAAUUUGAAACUUUAAAUUUAAAAUAAACUAUUUUACUCCCCCAA